GGGUCCUGAAUGAGAAACCAUACUGAAACCACAGAGUUCAUUCUUCUGGGAUUGUCAGAUGACCCAAAGCUCCAGGUUGUGAUCUUUGUCUUUCUCUUCAUCACCUACACACUCAGCAUCACUGGGAACCUGACCAUCAUCACUCUCACCUUGCUGGAUUCUCACCUCCAGACUCCCAUGUAUUUCUUCCUUAGGAAUUUCUCUGUUUUAGAAGUAUCCUUCACAACUGUCUGUAUACCAAGGUUCUUGGGCACCAUUAUCUCAGGGGAUAAAACCAUUUCCUUCAACAACUGUAUAGCACAGUUAUUUUUUUUCAUCCUUUUGGGAGUCACUGAAUUUUACCUUCUAGCUGCCAUGUCCUAUGACCGUUACGUUGCCAUCUGCAAGCCCCUGCAUUACCUGACCAUCAUGAGUCAGAAGGUAUGCACAAUGCUAGUCUUCGCCUCCUGGCUGACUUCUUUCCUAAUCAUCUUCCCUGCACUGAUGUUACUUCUACAGCUUGAUUAUUGUGUGUCCAAUAUAAUUGAUCACUAUACCUGUGAUUAUUUCCCCCUGCUUCAACUUUCCUGUUCAGACACAAAGUUCCUGGAGAGGAUGGGAUUUUCCUGUGCUGUUUUUACCCUAAUGUUCACUUUGGCAUUAGUAUUUUGGUCCUACAUAUACAUCAUCAGAACAAUUGUGAAGAUUCCUUCUGCCAGUCAGAGGUCAAAGGCCUUUUCCACAUGCUCUUCCCACAUGAUUGUCAUCUCCAUCUCUUAUGGCAGCUGCAUUUUUAUGUACAUUAAACCCUCAGCUACAGAGAGAGCAUCAUUGACCAAGGGAGUUGCCAUACUAAAUACCUCAGUCGCUCCCAUGCUCAACCCCUUCAUUUAUAGCCUGAGGAAUCAGCAAGUCCGGCAAGCGUUUAUGAACAUGACAAGGAAGAUGGUGUUUUUCACAAGUAAGUGA